GGCAGUUAUUGACAUUGACAGCAAGUAAAGUGCAUGUGCGAUUUAAAAAUAAAUAUCCAUUUUCUAAUUUAAAUUAGUUAUUAGGGAAAAUGAUUAAAAUUUUAGUGUAUUAACAGAAAAAUGCCUCCAAAACAAACCAAGAAGACCUUGUGGGUCGAGUGCGAGCGUUGUCAAUGCAGCGUUCUAACCAAUGAUAAAAAUGUACACAUCGAUUUGAAUUGCUCAAAAGAUCAAGUAAAAUGCCCAUAUAUUGAAAAUGAGACAUUGUUUACAUGGCUGGAGCGAGCCAGUGCGCCUCCUGAUAGCGUGCCUAGGGACGCAGUGUUAGUCCAUCCGUCGGCUGGGACUCUCAUUGGUGCUGUAAUCGGAAAACCCUUGGAGUUGAAAAGGGAUGGCGCUCCGACGCUGGUGAAGCGCAUGUGGCCGUCGAAGGCGUCUGCACCAGCCGCUGUCAUAUUACCGGCUGCAGAUCUAACUGGUGUAUGGUGUAGUGAUAGUAAAAAAGUUAGUGUAGCUAUUCUAAAAGGUGUAAUCCCAUCAGCAUCAUUUGUCACAGUAAAAAUAAGAAAUCACAAAGUAGGUACAGACAUAAGUGAUAUCUUAAAAGAGAGAUUUAUAAAUCAUUAUGUGAGCACAGGAAGUGUCUUAGUAUAUUAUUAUUUUGGCAAAAAAUUGCAAAUUGAAUUUAUCAAUAUAAAGCAUUCAGAAAUAUCUGAAAAUUUUAAUGGAACAUGGUUCCUUUUGAGUGAAAACACAGUGUGGAAUAUAGAAAAGAAUAUUGAUAAAAAAGUAAACAAGAAACCUGUUAUACUAGGUGGUGUAGAUGAUAUUAUAGAUGAAAUAAAAACAUUAAUCAACAUUUCUUUUGACACAUAUGGGUUUGCAGCUAAUUUUCAACCUACUAGAGGUCUUUUAUUGUAUGGACAUUCUGGUAUUGGUAAAACAGCUAUUUGUCAAUAUUUAAUUGAAAAUUGUUUUCAUAUUGAAAUCAAUGGCCCAACAAUAUUUAGCAAAUACUUUGGUGAGACUGAAUCUACAAUGAAAAACUUGUUUGCCAAAGCUGUUACAAAUGAACCAAGUAUUAUUUUGGUUGAUGAGAUUGAAACUAUUUGUCCACGCCGUUCUUCCGGUAGUACAGAACAGGAAAGACGGGUUACAUCCGCUUUCGUGUCAUUAUUAGACAAUUUACACCAAGAGUCUAGCAAAGUCUUCGUUUUAGCGACGACUAGAAAACCAGACGCGAUAGAUCCUAUGUUAAGGCGAUUCGGACGUUUAGACAAAGAAAUCGAAGUUCCAGUGCCCGAUAGAAUAAGGCGUAGGGAAAUUUUGUAUGCACUAUUAAAAAAUCUUCCUCAUAAAGUUGCAUCAAACGACGUAGAAUCAAUAGCAGAUCUGGCUCAUGGCUAUGUUGCUGCAGAUUUAGUAAAUUUGUGCACCCAAGCUUCACUUAAAUGUUUAAAAAGAAAAAGUCCUGUAAUAGAAAAGGAAGAUUUAGUCAGUGCAUUAACGGUAGUAAGGCCCAGCGCUAUGCGGGAGUUACUAAUAGAAAUACCAAAUGUCAGGUGGUCUGAUAUAGGAGGACAAGACAACUUGAAGUUGAAACUACGCCAAGCAGUUGAAUGGCCAUUGAAACAUUCGGAAAGCUUUCGUCGAUUAGGAGUUCGUCCGCCUUCGGGCGUUCUUCUUUAUGGACCCCCUGGUUGUUCAAAAACAAUGAUAGCGAAAGCAUUAGCUACAGAAAGUGGGCUAAAUUUUCUAUCGAUCAAAGGCCCGGAACUAUUCUCGAAGUGGGUUGGAGAAUCUGAACGCGCCGUAAGAGAUCUAUUUACUAAAGCACGACAAGUAGCACCCUCUAUCAUAUUCUUUGACGAAAUGGACGCUCUAGGUGGGGAAAGGGGUGCGGGGGAAGCCAGCGUUCAUGAAAGGGUACUAGCCCAACUUUUGACAGAACUAGAUGGAGUAGUUCCUCUGCAUUCAGUGACAAUUGUAGCAGCCACGAACCGUCCUGACAGAAUGGACCGAGCCUUGCUUCGUCCUGGACGACUUGAUAGACUGAUAUACGUGCCUUUACCAGAUUUCGAAACACGAUUACAAGUUAUCGAGCUAAAAUUGAAUAAAAUGAGUGUUAGUGACGAUGUGAAUCCUCAUAGUUUAGCGACAAGGACAGAGGGGUUUUCUGGCGCUGAAUUAGAGGCGCUUUGCCAUGAAGCGGCGUUACGAGCGUUAGAGAAAGAUCUGGAUUGUGCAGCAGUAACAAUGGAGCAUUUUGAACAUGUCCUAAAAGAAUUUAAGCCGCGAACACCUCAGUCUAUGUUGGAGGUAUAUGAAGAAUUUGCUUUAGGACAAAGAUCUGGUUAAUGCUGAUACAAUAUUUGUUAAUAUUUACCUGUGUACUAUCAACAUUAUGCUGUUAGGAAUUUAUUCCUUUAUUAUUUUCAUCUGUGCCUGAAACUUCAACAAAAGGUGCACAAUCUUAAGGUAAUGUUUCAUUGUACUUUGGCAGCAUGGGGAAAUCUGUGACCAAAGAUUAUCAUUAUUUUCAGUAGAUUGUCUAAAACUGUUUUUACAAUUAAAGUUUUCGUUUUACCAAAAGUAUAACUAUAUUGUCGUAAAUAUAACUGCUAAUGUCUCCUGGUUUUCUCUAUUUUCAUUGGUUUAGGACACUACCUGUCCACAGUUAAAUAAGAGUUAAUUAUAUUGUAUAAAAAACUAUUUUUAUUUAACUAUAUAUAACAAGCAAUGAAUGUAGAUAUA